GGUUUGUCAAAGUUCUCGGGUUGUUAAAAAACUGUACAUUAUCUUGCAAACGGCUUUGUUUUACUGAACUAAGAAGUUAUACUGUCAGACGAAAGAUCUGUUUCAAGUAGUAAAAUAUGGCUGACGCAGGCAAAGUGUUAGAAGAUAUCGACGGUUUUGACAAACAGAAAUUACGGCAUGUUGAGACUGAAGAGAAAGUCGUAUUGCCAAACAAAGAAGUUUUGCUUGCUGUUUGGCACCCCACUAUAAGGGGGUGAUAGUAUACUAUCACUUAAAUCAAUUGAUGAACAACAGAAGACAUCCUUUUAAAUACAAUACAGUGUACUUUUGUUUUUGGGUAUUGGUUCAACUAUUCCAAAACUCACCCCAACACUGUCAGUAAUUAGAAUAAAAUUGAGCCUAGCUGCUAUUGAGUUGGAUUGUCCCAUUCUGUUGUUGCUCAUUCUCAUGAUUUGGGGAUAGCCUUACCAAAUUUUAUAUCAACUAAACAGACUGCCGCCCUAGCUUGUAGUCCUUCCGUUGUCAUUGUUUCUAUGAAUCUCCUCAAAUUCUGUUCGGUAAAUGUUGUCUCUGGGUAUCGGUAAGCUUUAAAAUCCUAAUUUAUCAGAUUGUUCUGAAUUGGCCAGUAAGUACAAACCGUGUUGACUUAGGGUAUGUACGGAUUAGCAUUUUUGUUGAUCAAUCGCCCAACCUCAUUAUAGGUAUCAAGGCGUACUGCUCAUUGCAGUAGGCUACGCAGAAAUAUGGUCAAGGAAGUGCGAUUGACAACUUGAAAAGCUAUCUCAAGGCUUGUGAAGUGUAACGGGACUGCUAUGCUGUUUGUUUUAAACUUUCAGAUGACGCUUCUGACCACACCUCAAAAAUCCACAGCUACCGAAGUGACCUUAGCGACAAAUAUUCCUCUCGUAGCAUGUUGCCAAAUGUAAAUAUUAGAAGAAAUAAAUACCCAAGCUCAUGGGUUAUUUAAGUACUUCACGAAACAGGAUGUACUUGUCCAUCGUACUCUACUCUUGCUUGUCCUUCAACUACGACUAGUGCCUGCAACAAAGCUUGCCAUUGGGACGUUGUACCGCGAUACACCAAGUUUUGUCAUUUGAUAACGGAGCAAUAUAAGAUUGGUAACCCAACUUCAGGUCAAUGAUUUUGUUUGUUUAUCCUUUCUCUGCAGUUAUUGAGAAGGAGAAAACUGAGAAACAGCUGCUACAAGAGAUCGAAACACCACAUUCUUUGAAACGUACUUCAACAAAAGAAAAGAACCCUCUUCCUACCAAGGAAGACAUUGCUGCGGAAAAAGCUAUCCACUGAUCACUCAAAAAUGUUCAUUUCGCUCGUGUAAUCUGCGCCUUUCCCUAAUCAGAACGUUUUUAUUCCUUUCAGCUUUUUUAUUCGAAGCUUUAUGCAUUCUUAUAUUAAUUGCUGUAAUACUAUAAAUUUCUAUACUAAAAGA